AUAUAAAUAAAUGAACCCACUUUGAGAUGAAAUUAGUAAUACAACACUUUAAAGCUUUAAAGACGCAAAUACCAUAGAUCAAAGUUGCAAAAUGAAGAGGAAUACUUUUAAGCUCUUUACUCUAGUUAUCUUACUACUAAUCUUCCUAAGUGUAACAGCUCCAGUGGUGGGAAAAAUGCCACAAGCAAAUUUUCCGAAAAUGUCGGUGAUAUUUGAAGUAAUACUACGAGGAGAAUUGGGGAUACAACCACAACAGUCUGCAUCUCUUGACCAAAAACCUGAGAUUGUUGAAACAAAUAAUGAAAAUGAAAUUGCUAUGUUGAAAGCAAAUGAAGAUGCAAAUGUUGAAGACAAAUGCGCAGAAUUGGGAAAAUUUUGUACCUCAGAUGGACCAUUUUGUUGUAAACCUCUGACUUGCGUUAACAUAGUGUUUGUUGGAAUCGGUCUAUGUGAAAAUAUUCAGACCUAGUUAUGUCGUCAAGAAUUUCCCUCUUCCUAUAAUGUCUUUUUCCCCUACUUCAAAAAUAUUGUAUGAUUAAGAAUGUUGUUUCAAUUAAUUCCCUAUUUUGUUAUGUAGUUGAUCUUGUUCACUAAGAUACAUAAAUGUGUGGUCAUAUAUGUAUCAUAUGUAGCAAGUUUUUGGAUAGUAUAUUGAUCAUUGUUGUUGCUAUAUUA